AGUGCCUCUGUCAGAAGAAUACAAAGCUUCAAAGAAACUGAGCAAACAGAUGGGCAGAAAAGUCCCCAGUUUUGCUACUUCACCCACCUGAGAGAAGAAGUAUCACAGUUCCUCCAUUCCCAUCAUUGCAAGAGAUAAGACCACCACCAAGAACAUAUUUCUAGCAGCUCCCAAGUCCAGUCAACCAGUCUGGGUUUGAGGUCGAAUCAAGACCAUGAAGUGCCUGCUGCUUCUCGCCUUUAUUGGGGUGGCUGUUGCCUUCCCCACCUUUGCUGAAGAUGACGAUGACAAGAUUGUGGGAGGCUACACCUGUGGAAAGAACGCUGUGCCCUAUCAAGUGUCCCUGAAUUCUGGAUAUCACUUCUGUGGAGGUUCCCUCAUCAGCAGCCAGUGGGUCGUGUCAGCCGCUCACUGCUACAAAUCUCGCAUCCAAGUGCAGCUCGGGAAACACAACCUGGAAACCACCGAAUCCACGCAGCAGUUGAUCAACUCUGCUAAAGUCAUCCGCCACUCUGGCUACAGCCCCUACACCCUGGACAAUGACAUCAUGCUCAUCAAGCUGGCCACCCCAGCCACGCUCAACAAAGCUGUCCAAACCAUUCCUCUGCCUACCAGAUGCGUGGCCACCGGCACCACCUGCCUGAUCUCUGGCUGGGGCAACACUCUCAGCAGUGGCUCCAACUACCCGGACCAAUUGCAGUGCCUGAAUGCUCCAGUCCUCUCUGCUGCUGAGUGCUCUGAUGCCUACCCUGGGGAAAUUACCAACAACAUGAUGUGUGUAGGAUUCAUGGAGGGAGGAAAAGACUCCUGCCAGGGAGAUUCCGGCGGUCCUGUGGUCUGCAACGGAGAGCUCCAGGGUAUUGUCUCCUGGGGUUUAGGAUGUGCCCAGGAGGGCUACCCUGGAGUUUACACCAAGGUUUGCAACUACGUCUCCUGGAUCCAGUCCACCAUUGCCUCCCACUGAGAUGCUUGUUUGGUGUGACCUGUAUUUUCUCAUCAUCAUUUCUGUUAUUUUGUGUCUGGACAAGCAGAAAUUAUGAAAAAUUAAUAAAGACUUUCAGGCACUCCUA